CGGCGCUGACAAGUGACGUCGACGGUGUUCCAGAACCACGAGCCGGGAACCAUGGGAAAAGCAAAGAAAACAAGAAAAUAUGCAACUAUGAAGCGAAUGAUCAGUCUGCGUGAUUCAAGAAUAAAAGAAAGUGAGAGAGCAAAACCUAAGAAGAUGAAGAAAGAGGAUCCCAGUGCCUUGAAAGUAAAAGAAGUGGUGAAGUAUCCUUCUUGUCUGUUCUUCCAAUAUAACACACAGCUGGGUCCUCCCUAUUACAUCUUGGUUGAUACCAAUUUCAUCAAUUUCUCUAUCAAAGCCAAGCUGGACAUUGUGCAGUCUAUGAUGGAUUGUUUAUAUGCAAAGUGUACUCCCUGUAUUACUGACUGUGUGAUGGCAGAAAUUGAGAAACUGGGGCAGAAAUACAGAGUUGCACUCAGAAUAGCAAAGGAUCCACGAUUUGAACGGUUACCCUGCACACACAAAGGAACGUAUGCUGAUGAUUGUCUUGUGCAAAGAGUCACACAGCAUAAAUGUUACAUUGUAGCAACUGUGGACAGAGAUCUUAAGAGGAGAAUACGGAAAAUUCCAGGUGUUCCUAUUAUGUACAUCUCUAAUCAUAGGUAUAACAUUGAACGAAUGCCAGAUGACUAUGGCGCUCCAAGAUUUUGAAAAGGCAAUGAUAUUCUGGUUGCACCAAAAAACUAUUUGUUUUACAUUUUUCAUGAAAUGUUUGUUUUACGUUAAACCAAAUUGCUAGUUUAAAACAGCUGCUUGUAAUCUAUGAUAGGGCUAGUUAAUGCAUUUCUUCAUCUGCCCUUCCAGUGUCCACCCUUCCCUCUUGAAUAUUUACGAAUGAUUCUUUCAGUAACAUUGCAUUUUCUUAAAUUUCAAGGAGUCGUAACAGUGAGUAACACAAUAUUAAAAUAAGCAGUGGAAGAGUUAAACUAAAAUUGUGUUGAUAAUGUAGGUGUGAAAAAUACAGUAAGUAAGUCUUUUCAGUUUUGCAGUAUUGAAAAGUAAAACUGGUUAUUAAGCAACCAGUGCCAACAUAAAACUUUAAGCCCAUGACAUACACACUUAAGCAGACAAAUUCAAGAUCCACCAAAGAACAGGAGUGGACUCUUUGGUCCUCUUAUCCAAUCCAAAAUAAUUUUGUUAAUAAUCCAUGUAUGCAUAAACAUUAAAAAAGUAGGGAUGGGCCAUUUUCCUUCUUGUGCCUGCUUUGCCAUCUAAGAAGAUCUUUCACCUCCAUUGCUGCUUUCCUCCAUCAGUCCCAUAUCCUUAGACUCUAAUUAUCUAAAAAUCUACUUUUAGGCAUGUAGUAUAGAAUUGAUAAUAAAUAGACAAUAGCUUUGACCAGCAGGUAAGAAGUUUUCAUUCUGACCCUUACAAAUUGGUGACUUUAUCAAAUGUUAGACUUUGUACUAACUUGGGUAUAUUGUGUUUGAUGCAUGAUAAAAUUACCACCACUAUUUCAUAAACAUGAGAAACUGCAAAUGCUGGAAAUCCAAACCAACACACACAAAAUUGUGGAGCAACUCAGCAGGUUAGUCAGCACCUAUGUAAGUGAAUAAACAGUUGAUGUUUCAGGCUGAGCCCUUCAUGACUGAGAAGGAAGGAGGAAGACACUGCUAUGUUCUUCCUUAAUACUUGGUAGUUUUGCCAUCUGUAACAGCAAAGCUUAUUCAAGCUAAGAAGACUUGUAAGUGGGUUUGCCAAUGGGUAAUGAAUUAUUGGGGGUUGAGGCCUUGCAAUAGAGAUGUUUUGAUUUGUUUUCAUGCAGUGCUUCAAGAAGGUAAUUGUGAAAUGGAAUAAGUUGACAAGCUAAUUAAUGUUAUACGUGGAAUGUAAUAAUAUUUUUGAGAUAAUUAUAUGCUUCAUCUAUAUUAAAGCUUACUGUUGAUUUA